AUGUGCAACAGUCAGGCAGUCAAGAUUCGGCGCAAACUGCACAACGGCCAGGACCAGCCAGCCGAGCUGACAAGGCUGAUUCGAGGAGGGCGGAACGUGGUGAAGCUGUCCGUGCCGAACGUGGCGCCCAAGGCCGGACAUGCCACGAUGGUGGCGGUGGAAAAGGUGGUGACGCUGACCCAUAGCCGCAUCAUGGCCAUGGUCUCUGAGCGAGGGGUACUUCCUGCGGAAGCGACGAGGCGCAUUGUGCGAGAGCGGCUGACACCGGUGGGCCAGAGCGGUCGAGACGACGACGACGCGCCCAUCAUCUUCAGCAAUCUCAGUAUCGACUUGGCAGACCCCUUCACGGCCACCAUGUUCAAGAUCCCGGUGCGCGGGUCCUCGUGCACGCACCUAGAGUGUUUCGACCUUGAGGUAUGGCUCGGCACGAGGCUCGGCAAGUCAGCAUCGGUUCACUCGCUCAAGUGCGGCUGUGGGCUAUGUAGACGCAGCAGGGCACUGGGCGCGGAGCCGUCGCUGACGGACAAGUGGAAAUGUCCACUGUGCGACAAGGACGCCCGACCAGGCAGCCUUCGAGUUGACGGAUUCAUGGUGGAAGUGCGAGAGGCUCUUAUGCGCCAGGGUCUGACACGCACCAAGAGCAUCAACGUCGGGCCAGACGGAACAUGGAGCCCGAAGGCGGAGCAGCCGGACAGCGAGGACGAGAGUGAUGUGGAAGCAGAACCGCGACGGCCGCCAAAGCGGCCCAAGACGGACCACCAGACGGAGGUUCGGGGGGCGGUCGAGGUGAUUGUCUUGGACUGA